CUCCCUUCCCGCCCUCGACGUGCGAAGGAAGCGAAGCACCAUGUCGCUCCAGAUGGCCACCCACGAUAGCUACGCCGCCAUACCAGACCCCGGCGUGUCCGACCUGGACCGAUUGCUCUCCGCAUCGUCCUACCCCGUCAACAGGUCGGUUGUCCGACCUGUGCAGCUCGAUGUCGAGCAACCGCCCUUGUAUGGCGGAUAUGGCGAAGUCCAAGUGGACGAGGCGAUCGAGGAGCAGCCGAUUAUCCAGAUUGACCCAUCAACCGAAUCCGACCUAACCAUCCCCACGCGUCGCAGCUCCGAGGCCAAUGCGUCGAGGACGAUGGUCGCGCCGAAGAAGCGUGGUAGGCCGCGCAAGAGCGAAACCGAUCUGACAGGGGAGCGUCCAGAAGAGCGACGUCGAGCGCAGAUCCGAAUCGCUCAACGAGCGUAUCGCGACCGCAAGGAGGCGGCGUUGUCGAGAUACGAAGCCCGCAUCCUCGAGCUCGAGACCGCCAUGAAGAAGAUGAACGCCACGAUCUUCACCUUCGGGGAUCACCUCGCCCACUCGGGGGUCAUCGCAUCCGACUCCAGCCUGCGAUCGCACCUGCACGACACGCUGCAGACAUGCAAGACUCUCGCCGAUGGCUGCAUAUCACCAUCUCCCGAAGAAAGCGACACCACGCCCCCACAGCCACCACCCCCUCCCUCCCCCCACACAGCCAUAACCCUAACCCCUCCACGCCCCUCAGCUCCGACUCCCCCCUCCUCUUCAACAACGCCAACAUCCCCAUCAUCUCACUCCCAACCUUCAUGACCCAGCUCCGUCUCGCCUGCAUCGCCAACGGGCUGAACCUCCUCCGCAACCCCGCCGUCAAACUCACCGACCUGAACAAGAAAUUCCGCUUCCUCCUCAGCAUCAUCAGCCGCGAAGACCUCGCCUCCUACUUCGAAGGCA